GUGCCAGUCUGGUCCCCACCUUCUCCUGGGCACCUGGCACUCUGCCUCCACCCUCUAUACGGCCCUGUAGUGGCACUACUCUCGCUCUCACUCUUAAGUACUCUCAAGAGUACUCAAGAGUGCAGAUAUUGAAGUGAACAGCAGUUCAAGGCUUGGAGAUAGUUCAGAGUGGAUCGAAAUACAUGUUAAUGUGUCAGGGAGAAUUGUGAUUGUGUUGUGAAUUGUAGCAGUCAGAGUAUUGUGACUGUUGUGAAUUGUAGCAGCCAGGAUAUUGUGAUUGUGUUGUGAAUUGUAGCAAGAAGAGGACUGUGACUGUGUUGUGAAUUGUAGCAGCCAGGAUAUUGUGAUUGUGUUGUGAAUUGUAGCAGCCAGGAUAUUGUGAUUGUUGUGAAUUGUAGCAGCCAGGAUAUUGUGAUUGUGUUGUGAAUUGUAGCAAGAAGAGGACUGUGACUGUGUUGUGAAUUGUAGCAGCCAGGAUAUUGUGACUGUGUUGUGAAUUGUAGCAGUCAGAGGACUGUGAUUGUGUUGUGAAUUGUAGCAGCCAGGAUAUUGUGAUUGUGUUGUGAAUUGUAGCAAGAAGAGGACUGUGACUGUGUUGUGAAUUGUAGCAGCCAGGGUAUUGUGACUGUGUUGUGAAUUGUAGCAGUCAGAGGACUGUGAUUGUGUUGUGAAUUGUAGCAGCCAGGAUAUUGUGAUUGUGUUGUGAAUUGUAGCAAGAAGAGGACUGUGACUGUGUUGUGAAUUGUAGCAGCCAGGGUAUUGUGAUUGUGUUGUGAAUUGUAGCAGUCAGAGUAUUGUGACUGUUGUGAAUUGUAGCAGUCAGAGUAUUGUGACUGUUGUGAAUUGUAGCAGUCAGAGUAUUGUGACUGUUGUGAAUUGUAGCAGUCAGAGUAUUGUGACUGUUGUGAAUUGUAGCAGCCAGAGUAUUUUGAUUGUGUUGUGAAUUUUAGCAGUCAGAGUAUUGUGAUUGUUGUGAAUUGUAGCAGCCAGAGUAUUUUGAUUGUGUUGUGAAUUGUAGCAGCCAGAGUAUUGUGAUUGUUGUGAAUUGUAGCAGCCAGGAUAUUGUGAUUGUGUUGUGAAUUGUAGCAGCCAUGGUAUUGUGAUUGUGUUGUGAAUUGUAGCAGCCAGGGUAUUGUGAUUGUUGUGAAUUGUAGCAGCCAGGAUAUUGUGAUUGUUGUGAAUUGUAGCAGCCAUGGUAUUGUGAUUGUGUUGUGAAUUGUAGCAGCCAGGGUAUUGUGAUUGUGUUGUGAAUUGUAGCAGCCAGGGUAUUGUGAUUGUUGUGAAUUGUAGCAGCCAGGGUAUUGUGAUUGUAGUGUGAAUUGAAGCAGUCAGAGUAUUGUGAUUGUUGUGAAUUGUAGCAGCCAGGGUAUUGUGAUUGUAGUGUGAAUUGUAGCAGCCAGGAUAUUGUGAUUGUUGUGAAUUGUAACAAGAUACCUGUGAAGAUUUAAGACUUGUUCAAGAUACCAGUAAGACUUUUAAGGCCAUUUUCCUAUUCAGACUUGACCCCAAUCUGACCGUUUGACCUCCUGGUCAAGCUGGCUAUCAGUGCUAGCUAUCUGCAUUCAGACAGCCAGUGAUGUGAUGAUAGCCACGCUGACAGUCACAAGUGAACAUGGUAGUGUUGGAGCAGUGUUGGCGGGAGUGUUGGAGGAGUGAAGGAGGGUCUGGAGAUAGGUUUAAAGUGUUGGCGGAAUGAGAAUGGCAAUGGAUGCAGUGUUGGAGCAGUGUUGGAAUGAGUGAGGGAGGCAGUGUUGGAGACAGUGUUGGUGGCAGUGUUGGAGAUAGUGUUGGAGGUACAAGCAAUGUCAGGCACAGCUGGCAAACGCGGUCCAAGAAACAGCAAAUGGAAAACAGUCGUGGCCUUGCUCCGACGGCGACCUACGAUAGAAGAAAUACGGGCGUGGAGCGACUCCUUUGAACGAUUAAUGAAAUGCUCUAGUGGUCGUCAAGCAUUCAGAGACUUUCUGAAGUGUGAAUACUCAGAGGAGAAUAUCUUGUUCUGGCAAGCCUGUGAAGAUCUCAAGGUUGAGAAUAAUCCAUCUGUUAUAGAAGAGAAAGCCAGGUUGAUUUAUGAAGACUAUAUCUCUAUUCUCUCUCCUAAGGAGGUGUCGCUAGACUCACGGGUGCGUGAGAUCAUCAACAGGAACAUGGUGGACCCAACCCCCCACACCUUCGACGAGGCACAGACACAGAUCUACACCCUCAUGCACCGUGAUUCAUACCCAAGGUUUAUCAACUCCGCCAUAUACAAACGCCUGGCGCAACUCAAUAACAACGGCAGCAGUGGCAGCAGCAGAAAGGAGAGCGCAACAUAGGUGCAAUCUUUACAACUGGUAUGCCCUACCUAAUCCUCAAUCCUCCUCAGCAAUCCCUACCCUGUUAUCUUUAUUUCCUCCUAAUCCUCCCCUGUCCUCUAUCCCCCAAGCCUCGGAGAUCACGUGAUCUAAUGGAUUAUUCAUCGCAUCUCUGUUGUUUUUUCUCAGGAUCGGGACCAGGAUUCGUGUGUAAAAGGAAAAUAUCAUGGUCAUUACAGCCCUAUCAUCUUCUGAGAUGGGGACUAGGAAUACGUGUGUAAAGAGGAAAUAUCAUGGUCAUUACAGCCCUGUCUUAUCUGAGAUGGGGACCAGGAAUUCAAGUGUAAAAGGAAAAUAACAUGGUCAUUACAGCCCUAUCUUCUGUGAGAUGGGGACCAGAAAUUCGUGUGUAAAGAGGAAACAUUAUGGUCAUUACACCCCUAUCUUUGAGAUGGGGGCCAGGAAUUCGCUUGAAAAGUGAAAUACAUCUUACACCAAAAAUAAUGGGAUUUAGGUAAUGCUGUGAUUACAAUCAAAGGGGAGAGAUGUAAGUACUUCAGUUUGUAAUUAAGUACACGAUUCAGUUGGGGCACUUGUACCCAAGGUACUUACCUACUGUAUGUACAGUGCUCAUCACUGGCACAGAGACACCACUAACGUGUGAUACCUUGAAGCAGCUCAACACUGAGCUAGACCAAUGCUUGCUAGACUAGAAACUCUUGUUUAAUCAUCAAUUUUUUUCUAACUCUUAGAUUGUGCUGUCAUUUGUUCAAGAGGUAUAAAUUAGGCACAAGUUAACAUGAAGUCUUAAAGCACAAAAGAAACUCGUCUGUGGGUAAUUUAAAAGUAAAGAAAUGCUAAUCUUAAAGUUUUCUGAGAAUUGAGUCUCCCCUCCAAAAUUCUUGCAAUUAUUUGUUAAAUAAUAAAUUAGGCAUAAAUUAAUGUAGAGUUUGAAGGCACAAUAAAUUUCCCCUAUUAGUAAUUAUUGAAGAUAAAUUUAAAAUUAAAAUCAAUAACUUUAAAAAGAUUUUUUAAAUUAUUUUUUUAAAGUUACAUAAAUUUGUUUAAGAUUCAUAAAUUAUUAAGAAAUUAAUAUAAAUUCUCAAAAUGCCAAAAAAAAAAAAAUAAUUAGACCCGUGCCGGGAGAAUACCCGCAAAUAAAAAAAAACCAUAAUUUGUUUUUUAAUAUGAAUCUCAAAAAUUUUUGGAGAAAAGGUAUGGAAUUUCUCUCAGACGUUUACAUAUGAUAGAGAUGGUUGCUUAUCUUAUGAGGAAAGUGAGUACAAAUAAGUUUUAAGCUGAGAACGAUCGUGUCCAAGCACUAACUGCCACCCCCACACACCCUCCCCCUUCAGAAAAACAUUUCAGUACCAUUAGUGAGCAUUCAUGGGGACGCGCAAUGCCCGUAGGGUACACAGCGCAUACUAUAAGAAAGUGACAGUGCCAGAAGGGUACAGGGCACUGCCCUGGCGACCACAACUGGCUUCAAGCCUAAAAAUUAUUCCUUUUUGGCAGGUAUAUAAAAACUUAUACAAAUGGAUUUAACUAUAUUUUGUUCUCGAUUAAUUGAUGAGAUCUUUAUAUAUGAAGGUGUUACUAUAAAAAUUAUUGAAGUUAUAGAUGUUUGUAGGUUUUAACGAUAGUAUAAGAGAUAUGAGUGGUCGGUGCAGUUGGCAAAUACUUAACGCAAUAUACCUUACCAAGCACUGGAUCUAUGUAAGAUACUCAUUUAGGUUGAUAAAACUUGCCACUCUACGGGUAAGUGUUACACAAUGAUGUGCUCAAGGAUUAUUACGUUAGAUGCCGACACAUUCCAGAUGUUAUAUGAGGAAAAAAAUGUCUAAACGGAUUUCCAGUUGAAGGUGAUUUUUGUACCUUCAUUCUCCAAGACUAAUGUUUUACACGAAUGUAUUAAUGUAUGUGAGCUGAGUGCGUAUUUUACUCUUGUAUAUGCAAUUAUAUAAACGUAUAUAUGUGUGAAGUUAUUACCAAGGUAUAAUGCCCCUAUCACAGCCUAAAAUAGGCACGUACCAAAUUUUUUUUCUUCAAAAUAGUGGGGGCAUGGAUUUAUAUUUUGCCUUAUUUAUAAAAAAAAUGACCAAUACUUAAGUGCUAAUGCCUCUGGAUAAAGACAAAAUAUUUUUUUUUCCCUAUAGGCUUGAUUUAAUGUCCGUAGUCUGUUGACAUACUCGAGGUGAAGAACCAGUAAAGUGGUAUCGGUACCCACAGCAACCACAAGUGAUAUCCCAAGACUUAAGUCUGGCUGAGGCAAUACACAUCAAACUAACCUAAUUUAGCCACAACCAAGCCUUCUGUAACCUAAUCACAUGUCUAUUUAAAUUUGUUUGGGUUUGUGAAAAGUCUUGGGAUCAAUGCAUGUCUGCUUUCAAUGUCAACACUUGAGAUUUUACCGAAAAAAAUUGUGUGUAAUGAUUUAGCCAGACCUGAGUCCUGAGGAUUGUAUUCUAGUCUUGGAUGACUGGAUUCCAGCCUUUGAUGACUAGAUUCCAAUCUUGGAGGAUUGGAUUCCAAUCUUGGAUGACUGGAUUACAAUCUUGGACGACUAAAUCCCAUUCUUUGGCGAACAGAUGUCAUUGUUCAAGACUGGAUAUCAGAGUUGAACCAUUGGAUUCCAAUCUUUCCCUUCCCAUCAACUACAGGGGGCUGUCAAUCCUCUGAAGUCAUUAAUGACCACAUACAUUAGUACUAAUACAGGGUUUUUCAAAAUAAUGGACCCAAUUUCAAAGCUGUAUACAGCCUUGCCUCACUUAGCGACGUUCUCGUUUAUCGACGACUUGGACUUGCGGUGGGCUCUCUGACCAGUAUGCAUACCUAAAUAAUGUAUAUUAGACCUGAUUUCCUCUAUUCUGUUUAUUACAAUAUACAGUACACUACUGUAUGAACAUUUAAAAAUAUACCAGAAAUGUUACAAAAUGGUGCAAAGGUGACAUUAAAACAAUAUCAGAGAUGGCUGACACAAACCCACUACCAUUACGUAUAGUAUGCUCCUCGCUUAGUGAGGAGCAUACUAUGUGUAAUGGUUAGGUGAGGAGAGGCUGUAUAUUUCAAAUCGAGUCCCUAUAUAUGUAUCACCAUCCUUAAGUGUGUCUUCAAAUUACAGACUCAAAAUCCCAGUCUUAUUUUCCAUAUAGAUACACUUAG